UCUAAACUGAAUUCACUUUGUUAUGGUCAUAUUUGCUUCAGGGCUAGGCGUUCUGUUCCAAUCAAGUAUGACAUCUACACUCUGGACUACUUUAUCGAGCUUGUGGAGAAGAUUGAAAGACACACCAUUACAAGUGGAGAUUCUAUAAACAAAGUUGUUAACUAUGUUCGUCUCCUCGGUUACGACACUGAUCUGUGGAACAUAGUGUGUGGCAAAGCAGAUCCACUUCCAGACCUUAUUUUGAACUCAGAAGAGAGACGUGUCCUGAAGAACAUGGUUGUAAACAGUUACAGAGAUCAAACCAGCAGGCGAGAGGGUGUGGUGUUAACAUCAGACCGGGAAACCAUUUCCAUGGGUCGAGUCUUACUAGGCAUUUGUGCAGGGCUGAAUCGCGAUAAAAGCCUCUCACUCAGAGCAUGGACCUCAGGAGCUCCACUGCGUGUUGAUAAUUUGUUUACAGCAACAAUUGCAUACAGCCUUGGACGAAGCGCACUGUAUAAAGCAAAUGGUGACACUUCAGAUUUGUUUGGUCCGUCUGGAUCAUGGAGCCCAAAAACUGAAUGCCCUGCUUCAUACUCCUUAACUAACACAGCUUCUAAGGCUACUGACGCUGAAUUACUGGGAGAUGUUGAUGGGUUCCUCCUGGGGCAUGGAAUCCCCCAAUGGAAGAAGAAAGGUGUUAGGCUUGGUCAGUUGCUGAGAAUGUACUACGGAUCAGGUAUCUGGAAAUUAGAGUUAACAGUGCUAAGAGCAGAAUGGGUAUACAUGCAAAAUCUGCUUGCUGUUACUAGUUAUUUGCUGCUGGCUGCAAAGAGAAAUCAUUUGAGAGAACUUAUUUGAUAGCUGAGUCCACUGAUCCAUAUUCUGGUUCUUUUAAGUUUAUAGAUGGUAUUGCUUCUGAAUGGCAGAAGACUAGACUUAGUGCUCGACUGAUGUUGAGUGUCCUGUUUUUUCCACUCCAUGAUACCCUCUGUUCUUAUUAUGUUUGUUUGAUGACAUAUCUCUAGUUCCUUAGUGCUAUAAAGCUUAGACAGAAAGAUUCUUGUAGAGGAAUGAUGAUUAAAAAUUGGACAGGCAGACACAUACAAAUAAUAGAUAGCCAGACAAGUUCACACUAGUAGUCUGAGGAAAUCACACAGACUCAAAAAUGUUUUGCAGAACUUAUCUUCACACAAUACAAUUUUUAUUGCAUUAUUUCUGUAGCGGCAAAUUUGAGUUGCCAAGGCAAGAAUGGGGACAGGAGUCUACAGACCUUACCCUUAAUUAUGUCCAGGAGUUAAACAAUUAAUCUGCCAGAUUUGUGGCUUUGAACAGGAGUCACCAUAUGCUAAUCUUACAGUCUUGUUAACUUGAUACAUUCUCUGCACAUGGUGUACCAAUUUGCAGUUAUUGAAUUCUUCCAAUUAAUUUCUUCUGGAAACAGGCAUCCUUUAUGAUACUUCGUAUGCAAGGUGCCAGAGAAACUCUAAAUUUUCAAGUAUCGUCAAUAAAGAUAAUCUUCUGAGUGAGAUAAACGGAUUUGCCUCCGCCUACUAUGACAGAAACUCAGCUCAGCUUACAAGGGUAAAUCAAGGCAGAAUCCUCUCUCUGUCCAAGGACAUAAAUGAAAAAUUCUUCCCCCACCUUGGUGAGUAUCUGUCUUUGUAUUUGUUACCAGCUUCAUUGGAAACGUCAUUGAAAAGACUACUUUUAUGUUAUUUUUUUUCCAAUUCUUUAUUUCUGAUUGCUUUGGUAAUUCUGCUCCCUAAAGAGUAACUACGUGUUUUUAGCUGUAUUAUAGGCCAUACAGUGCUGAAAGUCAAAAACAAAGAGGUUGCUAAUAAUGAAUUUGUCUGCUCUGCAGGUAAUAUUGCAGGAAAUUCCAAGUGCAGUAUUGACAAAGACAGCGAAGGUCAGAACUUACAAGUUUGUUUAUGAGUGUAUUCUCAUUGCUUUCGCAUAAACUCGUAUUACAUGCGUCAACUCUUCUGUAUUUUUUUACUUUUAGAUUGUGAAAUUCCAGCUAAUGUUGUAUUUGUCAUGGACGAGUCAGGAAGUGUCAGUUUUAACAACCAUUUGAAGGAGAAGGAAUUCAUCGGGUUAGUGGUAAUAAUAACACCGCUUAUGUAAUGCUGCUUUACGGCGCUACUGCGGUAUAACAACAAAGCGAAAAGAAACCUCCAAACUUUGUGCACGUGGAUGGGUAUAUUAACAUGAAUCUUCUUUCUUGCUUGCUAAAUGAAAUGCAUUCAUGAAUUUGGUAGAUAUAGUGAGGCAAAUUUGUUUGAGCAUUCAAUUAUUUUUUUAUGCCUUGUACGUCGUUUUCUCAGAGUAAUACUCCAAGACCACUCCCACAUGGUGUCACGAGUUGAAUGCAUAUUGUCAGUAAAAGCAAAACAAGCGAAUCGUUUUGUUUGUAUUACCAUUAUUUAAUCAUCUAAGUGCUAUCAUUAGAAUCACUAUUAUCAUCACCUUCAACCUACAAUCACUGUUAGUCAUUUUCAGUUCACAGUGAUGAUAUUUUGAAGUCUUUUUAAGUAUCUACUGUGCUAAAAUCUAAGACUGUUUGUCGGUAUUAGUAGAUUUUAGCAAUGGAAAGGAAUUGAAAGGCGUGACUGGUAUUGUGAUUUUUGUGGAAAACUUUCGACUGUAGAAAGCUUGUUAUUUUUCAGAGAGAUCAUUAAAACAUUUGACAUUUCUCCGCGUCAAACUCGCGUGGCUAUUGUUGAGUAUUCCAGUACAGCCAGUGUGGCAGUAGCUUUAGACAACUAUGGCUCCAAAACGCGACUGAUGUGCGCAGUAGAUGACAUCUCGUAUUCUGGUAUGUUUUUCUUUGAUUUUAAAUCUAACUUCAUUUGCAUCAACAUACAUCACUUAAAAUUCUCUUAUGAUACUUAACUUACAAAAUAUUAUUUACCAAAAAUUAAUAAAACAUGAUGUGAAGUGAAUUCUUGUAAUUUUGUUGAUACAUACAGUUUCACAAGGUCUUAGAGUUCCAAAAGGCUCGAGUUCUUGAAAACAGCUUCUUCACGGUUUAAAUAUUGUAGAGUGUCAUAAAAAAGUGUCAUUUUGAAUGAGUGUCAGUUGUGUCCCAUCCUCCUAAGGUCUUAGAGUUCCAAAUCUUAAGUUCUUUUUAACAACUUCUUCACGGUUUAAAUAUUGUAGAGUGUCAUAAAAAAGUGUCAUUUUGAAUGAGUGUCAGUUGUGUCCCAUCCUCCUAAGCCAUUAUAAAUCUUAAUUUGGGUUUACCAAAUUAUCUUAUCAUACCCCAAUCAGACGCGUAAAGAAAUUCUUAAGCCCGUUUCGAACGUCACCAAUCCUUCGUUAGUCCUCCUUCGAUUAAGGGCGUCUACCUAGAAAACCAAUCAUUUAAUUAUUACCAUCUGAAUGACAACAGUUUUACGAAAAACUUUUUUCAAUUGCAGACGGCUGAUUCAAGGCCUUUCAAAACAGUUUCAACUUUUCAGUUUUUGUUGAACCAAAUUUUUUAUUUGCUUGAGCUAUUAAAGUCUCUCACACACACACACUGUCAAUUUUUGGUUUCCUUCAAAGCAAAAGGUUACCCAGCAACGCUACGUCUUCUUGACUCGUAAUUUAGCUAUAUCUUUGUGCCUGUAACUUACCAAAGAGUUGAGUAAUCCCCAAUAGCGAAUUGUUCGAUUGCAAUUAGCAUAUCAAGAUUGUUCUUCACCCUUGAACAUUUUUGUUUCUAACCAAACGAAUUUUGAUUUACACAAGUAUAACGUAGAUUUUUCGGUCUGAAUAGCUGCGAGUUUUAAGGUAAAUCAACCCCGGAGAACUUGAACUAUGUUUUUUGAAAUCAUGCACAAAGCAUCUCGAAACUCCAAUGAAUCUAUUACAUAAUGUGCUGACCAUCUAAAGGGAUCUUAAAUGGAAAAAAUAAAAUUUCCUUGUUUUCAAAGCAAUAGCUUAUCACAUCAUUAAACCUGUUGAUUGCAUUGUAUUCUCUUGUCUAUUCCACAGAUUAGGUUUAAAACUAAGCUAAAUUUUACGAAGACAUAAGAGGGCUCUGAAGUAAAAAACAAAUUUUUCUUCCAUAGGCGGCUCCACGCGGACUGCAGUGGCUCUAGAGAUUGUUCACUACGAUGUAUUACGACCCGCUUUGGACAAUCCAGUGAGCGACAUAGAAACAGUACAGGUACGACCUUAGUACCUAUCACGAAUGGAUUAUUCAACAUACAACUUUGCAGAGAUCAAAUAAUCUAUGAAUGGUGGUGAAGGUGGGUGGGGGGGAAGGCGCAUAACUAGGAUUGAGGGGGCCUAUCAUCAGUCACCAUAUAUCAAUCUAUAAGCUAAGCCAACUUUUCUGUGUGACAUAGAUCGUCAUUGUACUCACAGACGGCCAUUCUGACGAUCGUUACGCCUUGAAGAACGCGGCGAAGGAUUUGAAGAAAGACAUAAAGGGUAAUGUUCACUUAUAUUUAGCAGAGAGAUAAAACAUUUUUGGCGCCCUCGAGAACCGAACGAAGUUCACUCAUCAUUUGAUUUUAUCUGUAAUCUAUGAGCAGAAGGACUUGUGCUGCUUAAUAGGCAGACAGUUAUGUUGAGGCCUAGGGGAUAUAACGCUUUGUUCUAGAAUGCCAAGCGUUGCAACGGAAACGAGUAAAGAUGCGCAAGAACAAAGUUUCUUCACUCCCAGGGACUGAAAAUGGUCGCCGCCCUACUCUCCUAUCAGCCAACAGAACUAACAACUCGUACCUCUAAAGCUAAGUAUGUGUUGUAACAUUGGGAAAAGGUUUAUCAUUGACGGAGAUUAAACAACUUCCUUCCGCCCAAUGAAAUGGCAUAGUUCUGUACACAAAUUUUCUUGCAUGGCUGUAUGUAGAAAUACAGUGAUACAACCUUAUUUGGUAAAUCAUAGGCUUCAGGUGUAGCCCAUGCCUUGUCUGUGUAUAAUGAAUUUCACUCUGAAACUUAAACAUUUCAGACCUGACUAUGAUUUCUGUUGGGGUCGCAAAUUACGAUCUUUUCGAGCUGCGUUUGAUUGCUACUGACGAGAAGCACCAUGUUUUCACUGCUGAAAACUUCGACAAACUUCCUGAGUUGGUCACGUCGCUGAGAACAAGGGCUUGUAAUGGUGAGUUUCGAAUUCUGUGAUUGACAUGAAAUUUUAACCUAUAAUACCCAUACAUUAUCCACCUAACCGGUAACGAGAAUUCUCAAACUUCUUAGGUAGAGGUUGUUAUCUUGUUCCAAUACUAAAUUCUCGUUGCAGGGAAAUGUGUAGCAGAUAGAAGGGAGAAUUAACAAUCAGUUCAUUGAUGUUAAAGGGUUAACUUAACCCGUUGCUAGCGUCCUGAUAAUUUAAUUUCGUAGAGUAUGUAGCCUUAGAAUUAUGGAUUUAACAUGACAUUUAAUUAAAAAAUAGUUUAGGCUUUUCCUUCUCGCGAGCAGGGAGUUUCUAAUUUGACUUGUGUGAAGAUAUGCUGCCGAAUCAUCAGGCCUCAAAUAUAUCUUUGACCCAAGCGUGAAGAAGAGUCCUUGAUAGUGCAAUUGAAAAUGUCCUUAUAUCAUCCGCUAUAGACUCCUCACAAAGUUGAAAUUUGCUCUGUAAGCGUGAAGAUCAUAUUCGGUAAUUAAUAAUGACAUGGUAACUCCUGGACGAGUGAAAGGAGCUGUUUCACGUUUAGAAAUCUUAAACAUUUACUAAAGUAAUUAAAAGGCUGAUCAUUUCCACUCCGAGUUGAUUUUCUCCAACCCAACUAAUGCUCCUUCAUUUCUCCACUUUGAGAUUUAUGCCACAUUAUCACUUAACCAAUGUUCUGUGGUUUUCCGUCACACUGAGCAACUAUCCUGUCUUGAAUUGCUUUGUGGACAUGUGUUACUGCCCGCCGCCACUUUUCAACCUCUGCCAUAUCAAUAUGUUCUCUUUGCAGCACCUAUUAACAUGGACUUGAACUUCACUGAGUCAAAGGACUCCACAGAAGUCGUAGCGUUCGUUUCUCCAAAUAAGGCACGAUUCUUUACUUUGCCGGCGGAGCUUUUUUUCGGGGUCGAGGAAAUUUUUAUUGACGUAAGUAUGUUUCUAGUUUUUUCGUCUCCUGACAAUACGUCGCUGAGUCAUAAUAAUCCAUUUUUUUAAACCUGAGUUCUUACUACUAGAGGAGAUGUCGAGCGUAUGCGUCGAUCAAUUCGAAGCAUCAACUUCCCCCCUUCCCCUCUUCCCCGGGAAACUCUCCAUGGAUGUAAACUUUUGAAGAUUAGUUCGUUCAAUCCCACACCCCCUCCCCUGGGGCUAAACCUGUGUUCCAAUACUCCAUCUAAGUUAUGGACUUGAUCGUCAAUUUUUUCGGAAAAGGCAAACUUAGCGACCGUGACAUUAUUUUAGAACUUUUGUUGUGAGCCCUUUGCUUGCGAAAGUAAACUAUUUACCUGUAAACACCUCCAUAUUAAAAAAUAAACCACUUGUAUUCUGCUCGAAAGACUUGAAAGUUCCAAUUCAAAUCCCCCACCCCAUCUCACCCCACCCAGGCAGGGUUCUCUACUCAGACGACAAAAUCAAAUGCCCGUGGGUUGCCCGGUGUGGAAAUGUGGAACCUUCAAAUUGAUCGACACGUUACAAGACUUUGGUGUUUGCUGCAGGUUGUACCACAAUAUGGCACUGUGACUGUGUAUGCAUCAAGGGUAACAGAUACUCCGGGUCCAGACGAUUACACUCUCAAAGUUGGACCGGCAGGUAACCUUUUUAAUCUCACAUUACAGGGCGUGAGAGACGUCAAUGCGACUAAAUGUUUCACUUUGGCACACCAAAUCCUGAAAAGUAGUUGCCAAAUUGGCUACUAGAAUGUUUCAUCAUAACCUUACCAAGAGAUAUAGUGAAUUAAAAAGAUUUGCAAAGAUAAAUCCGCGGCAAACUUCCUCGUUAAGUUUGUUUCCAAAACGCAGCACGUGCAUCUCGAUUGAUAACUAGACGCCAUCAUGGAUUUAGGUGGGAUUGAACGUUGUAUAUCAUCCAUCCUAGUGUCCACUUUGUAGCACAUUAAAGAUUUUUACCCUAACUUAAUUUUGGAGAGUAUUUAGAACGCUGACAGUGGAAAAAAAGGUUUUUUUGUCUUUGAAAAUGGCGACCAACUUUUUUUGAAUUGGCUACCACUUUGAAGAUAAUUUAGUGUUAACAGCUGAGAUGAAAACGUAAAUUGGCCACCGUAAAGGGUAAAAAAGCUGACGUUUCGAGCGUUAGCCCUUCGUCAGAGCGAUCACUAAAUUACCUGCUAUACUCUCCCACCGAAGCAGCACCACCCCCUUUAUUCAUUUACCACUUAGAAGAAUUUAGGAGCCAAGUGGCUAUCAGAAAAACAAAUUAAUUUCACGCCCUGCAUUAGAUAAAUGACCAGGCGAAUGCUUUCUGACAGGGCAUUGUUCACCCUCACCCCCCUUAAAAAACUAGACAAAACAAAACAAGAACAGCAACAACAUCAAACAACAGAGGCCAAUCAGAACAAAGAAAAAGUUCAAUAGAAGCUACUGAACAAGAAAUUGAAAUGAAACCAGGUAACUGGUCUAAAAGCGCGGGAAUUCAUAAGUAAACUAGUAACCCCCAGUUUUAGUUGUAAAGAUUAUCAGAUGAGAAAAUUACGUAACCUUUUUGCCUCCAAUCACCGAGUCAGGGAGUGCAAAACCACUUUCAUACAUUUCUAUCUUUGAUUCUGAGUGCCUUUUCCAAAGAAACAUCAUUUUGAAUCAAUAAUGAGCAAGCGUGGUGACUUGAGUUGAAUCUGAUCUUCAUGUUGAUGACGCUCACUUCAAAAGCUUUUCGCCACGAAACGCCUAUCUAGAAAUAGUUUUGCAUUUAGCUAUGUUUUGCUUUUUUAAGGAGAAGGAGAAGAGAUGCAGCUGCAGUUUACAAACCUUUGUGCCGGUAGGAACAUUCACCGAUCAGUUACUUGUAACUUUUAAUGACGAUCAAAUUCAUGAUCUUUAACUUGGCCAGGAACCCUUUCAAAUACAAAAAUGUUACUUUAGGAAGCCAAUUUACGUCGAGUACCGUUUAUUAUUCUAGAAACAUGUCUGUCCCGAUGACUUUGUUAAAACAAAACCUCCUGUUUUGCAGAGUGAUAAACCAAGAAAUCUAAUCAGCAAAACAACGGCCACUGCCCUCCAACCUUAUACUUUUCUGAGCAAGCCACGGGCUUAUGUGCUGAAUUUCCAAUGUGUUGGGGGAAACCAAUACCUCCACUAAUAUGAUCAUUAACCGUGUACAUGAACUUAAAGUUCAUUUGCGUUUACCUCGAAUUUCAGGUUACAAUUCCUCUGAAACUUGUCCUCCAAUCAACAUCGGAAUAUACGGAGAAUCGUCUUCACUUUCCUGCUCAGGUUUUCAAAAAUUUCAAAUGAGUAUUGCAUUUGCUUAAUCCGCAAGUUACAGCAAGGGCGUAACUAGGGAAGGAGGGUCUAGGGUUGCUCGUGACCCCACUUUGUAAACCUUUUUCGUCACAUUGAGAAAACCUCAGCGUGGAGGUCGACAAGACAGCCUGUUGAGUACCCUCUGUUUGACAUAGUGAGACCCCUCCCCAACCCUAACGCUAACCCUAACACUCCCUUGAAAGAUCCUGGCUACGCCCCUGUACAGUGGCAUUCGUCGAGUAGUUAGCGCUCUAAACCGAGGCAAGUGAGAAAAAAAAUCCAGUGAGUAACAGGGUGGAGCAUUUGAACCGGAGGGGGGAAGACAACCGGAGAUGCCCCAGCCGCUGCAUUGUCUCCAUACCAGAGACCAGGCUAGGUCGUUGGUCAAGACUUAUGUCAAUGGGUUCGCCCGGGAAAAAUUGCAAUUCCGCUAGUAGUUUUUUGUUCCAGAUGCUAGAAUAAGCCUCAACAUCAAUGGCACAUUAUUUUGACCGCCUAAACCUUUGAGUAGGACCUGUGUUGUUGCCUUUUUUGCGAGAUCAAUCGUCUCCUUUAUAUUUUUCACCUAGAGCGAGACUGCAAUCUCCCAAAUCAAAUCAAAUUCAAGAUAAGAAGAGGUAAG